UCCUUCCUAGAUAAUAUUUGCGUUAGGGGACCCACAAUAGACUAUAACAAGGAGAAAGUAGCGCUAAGAAUACGCCAUUUCGUUCUAGAGUAUUUAAUCAACCUCGAUAAGGUACUAAUAAAUAUUAAGCUAUUUAGUUACAUAGUUAUAGGCUAG